AUGGCCUGUGAUUUAUCUGAUCCGUCUAUUAUGAGAGCGUAUGAAGAAGUUAUUAGUAUGCAGGAUCCUACUAAUUGGUGGGUUCUUCGUUUAGCUUCCAGUUCCGGUGGUCUCGAUGAACUUGGUCGAAACCUCAAAGAAGAAACCCUGUAUGGGUUUUUGCGAAUCGAGAAUAAAUUUGUGUUUUUGAUGUAUCUCAGUGAGCAGAUUAGUGAUGUGCAAAGAGCUCGUGGUUUGGUUCACGGGAGAGCUGUUGCAUUAUUAUUCAAGAUGCAUCAAAUACAAAUUAGAGCAACAACUCGAGAAGAAAUUUCAGAGGCCAAAAUACGAUCAAAACUUAUUGACGAGAUACUAAACUUCCCACUGUCUCCUGAAUACGAUCAAAAUUCACAAAUAAUAUUACCACCUGAAUCGGAACAGCAAAAUAAAGUUGAUGAUAUUAAUAAUCAUAAUGAGACUGCACAUCAACUGCAUCAAGAACCUGAUGAAAAGUCUGCUACUAAUAAUAAAAAGAAGAAAAAAUUCAGACUCAAAAAUUUGUUUUGUUUUUCGUGUAGCCGAAAGCAUUACAGCAAUUAA